CCACCACCACCACCACCACACCCUGCCACUAACCCCUUGUUCUACCCUGCUGAUGGCCCCCUGCUGUGAGUGUGGUGCCCCUAGCGGUGUAGAAACUGUUGCCUAGGCCCAUAGUUAUGUUGUGGGGACGGUAGAAGUGAGUGGUGCUGACAGAACUUUGCCACAAUGGAUAAACAGAAGGCCAAAAUAUUGCAUGACCUCCUCAAGUCUUCCUCCGCUGACAAAACGUGCCGAGGCCUCAGGGAGAUCAAGAAAAGGCUGCUCACUAGUCCCGAAAACCUCUCUGUCUUUAGGACACUUGGACUAAUACCUCAAGCCUUGAAACUGAUCCAGCGUCCCAAUGAGGAGAUCCUGAAUGGGGCGCUGAGCAUCCUGAGCAGCUGCUGCACUGACGAGGGCGCCCGCAGUGAGGUGUUCAGUGAGGGAGGCAUCACCCACAUGGUCAACGUUCUGAAGUGUGCCAAGCUGGAGCCCCUGCAGCUGCGUGCUUGCCGAACACUGGCCAACCAGGCACAGCACAAACCCAGCUGUGAGAUGCUGGUGCGGCUGAAGGCAGUGGAGCUGGUGAUAGAGGUGCUGGAGGGCUGUCAGGAGGAGGACACCAAGGUGGCUGGCAUUAGAGCUCUGAGACUCUUUGCCAACUGUGGGGAGCACUGCCAGAAGAUCGUCACUUGCAAGGGGAUCCUCCGUAUUUGCUCUGCUGGAUUUGGCUCAGUGGCGGGUUCUGCAGGACCCAACCUGGUGAGGGCAACAGUAAAGGCCAUUGCUCACUUCUCCAGGAUAUCCCACCCUGCAUGCGUCAGUCAGAUCAUGGAGGGGACAGACAACAUGAUCCUGAUGUCCAAGAUGUGGGACACGACAGACCAGGAGAUCUACGAGUGUGUUCUCCGCACCAUUCUCAACACGGUGCACUCCUGCUUCGUCCCGACCCCACACAAACGUGACGCCCUCGAUGCCAAGGUGCUGGACCGCCUGUGCACCGCCACUGCCCCCUCCAUCAUCGUGGCUGAGCUGCAGAACCGCCGCGUCACUGCUAUUGAGGAAGAGAAGCUGAUCUUGGCAUUGUGCAAGUUCUGUGAGGGAUCCAACGAGUGCAACAACCUCACCUUCGGGUCAUUCUCUGAGCCGCCAACCUUCCUGGGGCGGGCAUGGAUGCAGCUCAUUGACUGUGGUGGUGUGGCCAUGCUGGUGAGCCUCCUGCUGGCCUACCGCUCCCACCCCAAGCUGCGUCCGGCCCUCCUGCGUGCCAUCUUGGGCGUGGAGCAUAACUAUUCCUAUAGGGACACAAUUCUGAAGCACCUUUUGGCGGCCAAGCUCCUGCCUCAGCUGGCGGAACAGUUUGAUGAGUUGAUGACCAAGUACAUUGAGGUACGGCGUGACUCCCUCCCAGGAAAGUGUAUCCACACCAUGCUGACGGGUGAUGAGGAGACUGUAGCAGGGGGAGGAGAGAGUAAUGGUAGUGAAGAGAAAGGAAGAGAAGAAAUGGAGAUGGCACAGAAGGGCUUGGACAGUCAGGUAAACAAAAUGGAAGUAGAAAAAGAGGAAGAGAAUAAACAUGGCAGAACAAAACAGGAUACACAUCAUGACUCAAAGAAAACUUCUGUGGCAUCUUUGCGUCUGAAAGACACAAGAACAACCCCAAAGGAUUCUGGCCCUGGAGGAUCUCACAGCAACUCUUCAUCAGCAUCCCCAGAGACAACGAGCUCCAGCAACCACAGAAGUCCCUUGCCGGCCAGUUACUUCAACCCCAAGAGCCCUGGUAGUGUGUCCUGUUCCCCGAGAAGUCACCAGUCAUCAGAACAAGGCUCCCCUUCCUGGUCCCCUCCUGCAGCAAGAAGCGAAUCCCCAACCAUAACCUCACCUCCGUUUGUUAGCAUGGCAAGUGUCCAUACCUCACCUCUCCCAUCCCUGCCCCCUUGGAGUGUGGAGGCAGCUCAUACUUCCCCCACUGCCUCUCCACCGCACUCCCCUCGCAUCCACUCCCCUUUGAUCGGCUCUCCACUACGUUCGACUUCCCCAAUCCGCGUUCCGUCUGACUGGGAGUACGAGGAUGAGGAGGAGAAGGAGAUGGAUGAUGAUGGCCGCUUCUCCCCAACCGUUCUUGAGUCAAAGUUAAGUGAGCUGGAGGAAAGUCAAGAAGAGCUAGAGGAGGAGGAGGAGGAAGAGGAGGAGGAAAGGAUGUCCAUGGAGGAGGAGGCAGAGACUGGCGUGCCUAAAGAAAAGGAUAAGGAUGAGAGUGACAUUCAAAAGGCAGGGAAAAAUGUGGAGAAUUUGACACUAGAAGGCAGCACAGAGUCACCACUAAGCCCAAACACUGGCAAGAGAGGACGAGACUCGCCACCAACAAGGACACAGGAAAAGAAGGUAAAGCUGAGUGAAGAGACUGAUGGGACUGAUGGGGCAGAGGGGAGUGAUGCAGCUGACACUUCCUCCACAAGACAGUCUCCACCACUGAGGGAGGCCGGGAGGAGCGAGGUGGAGAUCGGAGGAAAGGAUGGCAAGUCUCCAUUUGUGAAUCUGAACCAAAUCAAGUUCCGGGUGAGGAAGAAAGGACAGACGCGCCGCCAGCUGAGCUUGAGGGAAGUGUACACGCCACUGCAGGACCAGUCAGUGACAGAGCCCAAAACUGGUGGGAGGCAAAAACAUCAGCAGCAGCAGCAGCAACAACAACAGGAGCAGCAUCAGGGGCAGCAGCAGCAGCAGGGACAGUCAGGCCGAGGCAGGAGUGACAGCAUUUGCUCCUCCACGGUGUAUUCUGACCUGUCCCAGGAGGAAGCACAGAGCCUUGAGUUGCUGGAGCUGGUGGUGCGGGUCAUUGGCCAGGUUGCUCAUGUGAAGGAAGCAAUCAAGCCUGUGUGUCGUGAAUUUGUGCCGCGCAUCAUGACCUAUCUCUCCAAGGUGCAGGUCAUCCACAAGUCAGCCACACGCAUGCUGGUCACCAUCGCCAGGAACACCCAGAGCAUACAGCCCUUACUGGACAGCCUGUUCAUCCCCUAUGUGGGUGUGGAGUUGGGGGAGGCAGGUGAUCCAGAGUCCCCUAAUGGGUGUUCACAGUGUAAGAUUCUGUCAGAAGGUUCAUCAGCAUUCCUAGACCAGAUGGUGAACUUCUUCAACCACAUACACCAGUACGGGCAGUGUGAGGUGUCCAGCCGCCUGCACCCCUCACGAGAACUUGCGGUGCGGGAGGGGUGUGCCAUGGCUCUGCCUCACAUCACAAGGUGCCCCAAAUUACUUCACGACUUCAUGGUGUGUUACCCGGCCAUUGACUUGCUCAUGAACGUGCUGCACUCCUCCCAGCCCCCAGACCAGGCCAGCUACAUGUAUGCCACUGCCGCCCUCUCCCGCCUCGCCUCCGCCCUGCAGCUGGAAAACCAAUUCAGGCCAGUGCGGUGUGAGGUGUGCUACCGACGAGAGAGUCACACCAAGGAGGAGGUCACCGCACAACUCAAGAACAAGAACAUGAGGUGUGGACAGACCCACCCUGCACACUCAGCCACACACACACACACACCUGCAUCAAGCUUGAAUGAAACUACGGAUUGCCAGUGGCUGAAGGACAAGGAGGAAAAGGAUGUGACGUUUAGACUUGAAGACGGCAGUACUGUGUCAGCGAAUCGUGAGUCCCUGGCAGACAAGAAUGAGUUUUUGAGAGGGAUGUUGCUUGGGUCUUUCUCUGAGGGUCUAAGCUCUUCGAUAGACCUGCCCUGGACCAGCAAGGAAUCCACAGAGAUGCUGAUACAUUUCCUGCACGGCUGCCGGCGAUGCAUACACAUGGAGAGUGGUGGGAUGGAGGCGUACAUGGAACUGGUGCUCAUGUCAGAGAUGUACCUGGUGGAAGAAUUACAGGUGUAUGCAGAGUCACGUAUGAUCUCUGCCAUAAAUGCUUGGGAGGAUAUAAUACGGAUAUAUGAGAGUGGAGUUGGGCGGAUUAAUGAAAAUAUCAUCCUGUGGGCCAUCUGCACAGUGCUGGUGAAGCCUAUGAAGACGUGGAAGAGGGCGCGGUGGAUCAAGGGGCUUUUCCAGUCGCCACACGCCAAAGACAUUGACCACAACAUCCGCAUGAUUCUGCGCCAUCCACUUGACAUGAACCGCCUUGUGUGUAACUGUAACCAGUCACUAUCUCUGUACAUGGUGAGCGAGAGUGAGUACACUAAGUUAUGCUGAGUAUGUGUGUUUGCAUGUGUUUCUUGUGAUGAUAUACUACACUGAAGAACGUUAAGAAAAUAAGGGAAGCUGCAAGAAGCCAUCAGUCCCUGUACCUCUUGGCAAUCCCUGUGUUUGAUGCAAGCUUGUAUUACUCAGUCUACAAAUGUGUUACUUAAUUACUUACGUUUUUCCUUGUAAUGACACCUCUCUUUUUUCUUGUACUGUUUCUCUCUUUUAAAUGAUUGUCUAAUAUCAAUCUUUUUAUUGCUCUAUUUCUCUUUUACUCUUACAUCUUGUCAACUUACAUCUGCUCUCAUAGACAAGCUGAGUCAGUUUUAUUAGUACACAUAAAGUGAUUAUUAUAGAGCAGUUAUAGACACUCCUCUUGUCUUCCGCUGCUCAAGGACGUGUGUGUGAGCGUGAAAUUGUAAUGGCAGUGCUUCCUGUAUAUCUAAUUUAUCAAAAGCACCUUCAAGUGUUCAGCUUGUGAUCUUGCACCAUUGAGUGUUCGUCAAUGAUUCUGGUUUACUCACCCAUCUCUCUCUGAUCUUUCUUCUUUUCUUUGCGAAUUGUUUCCUUAAUUUCCCAUGCACUGAUACCCUUCUCUUUUCCCAUAUUUCUUUCCUCUAAAUUAUUCAGUUUAACUUCCAUUUUUUAUUCUUUUAUUUCUCUUUUCAAUUCUGUUUGUUUCUUUUUCUUUUGUAAUGAUUUUUUUUUUCAUUCUGUUUUGUUUUCUUUAAUUCUUUCUCUGGUGUUGCUGCUUAUAAUCUCAGUAAUUGUUUAACUCCCUAGUCUUUCUGUUCUUCCUUUUCUCUCUCUUGUUUCCUGAAUGUUUCCCUUGUGGUGUUACAUAUGAUCUCAGUAACUAGUUCACUCAUACAUCUUGAUUCAUCCCUCUUCUCUUUCUCUCUUUGUUUCCUUGAUUCCUUCUCUUCUAGUGGUUCAUGUAAUUUCAGUCUUUUUUCUCAAUUAACAGACAAAAAUUUAGUCAAUACAAAACUAACAAAUUCUGAGGCAGUUUGUUUACAAGUGACAAAGUUAUGAUGUACUCAGGUUGUCUGUUAUUUUAUGCGACUUUUUUGUUCACACCUCACACCAAACCCUCAUGUCAUCUUUGUGUCUUUCAGUUAAUUUCUUUACCCAUCUUUUUCUUAUCAAAUUUUAACAUUUCUAUACUUUUUUAACUUCCAGUUCAUCUCUUUAUUUCACACCUUUCCCAAUAAACUGUCUCACUCCUUCCAGUUCAUUUCUAUUUCAUGUUUUUCCUUAAAACCUUGAAAUCUCUCUCUGAUUAUCUCUUUACCUUCUGCUUUUUAUUUUCUCCAUUGCAACAUCUAUAUUUUUUUUUCCAGUUUACCCCUUUGCAUUAUCUUUUCCACUAAAUUUUUCCAUCUCACUUCUUUCAGCUCAUCUCUUUACUUCAUAUUCUUUUGUUGUCAUGAUUCACACCAAGCUAUGCCAGUGUGUCAAACAAGUGCCGAGUACUCAGCACUUUCCUUGCCACCUUCUUGAGUGUCCUGCAACACUUUCUCAGGCUGUGCUCAGGAAAGUUUUGUCAAUCACUCUCGGGUCUCCAUCAGCUGCUGUUACUUUUAAGAAAACUUUCUGCUGGCAGUUUGUACUUCAUGGUGAGUCACUGUUGUGGGUCUCCUUCAUCCGUCACUCAGGCCGCAGCUCGUGCCACACUUUCUUUCCCGACUCAUCCAGAUAGUUUGAGAUGCAUACCAUAAUUAAGGUGUCUUGUGUUACGAGCACCACUCAGACCACAUCUAAUAUUUGAACUAUUUCACUUUUAGUGACUUAGUCAGAAGGUGCUGUCUGGUGCAAGGUGUCUCAUAUGGGACCAUGCUCUCAGAGAUGUCGGCAUCUUUUGACUACUUUCAUCAGGCUUUAGGGGAAGUCAGAUGUUUGUCAUGUGUAUAUGCAAGGGUGUCCCCGUGUUGGGAAUCACAUUUGGUGCUUUCCAGGAGAUAAUGAAAACCUUCACUUAAUAUGAACUGUGGAGAGUCUGUGUGUAGUGUGUAGAAUGUUCAUAAUGAUGUAUAAUUGUUCAUAUAUCAUUGUUGAAUUUUUAUACAUAUAUAAUUCUGUUGCUUUACUGUUAUGUUCUCUGUGAGAAUUGAAUUAAUCAAUGAGUAUAUAUUGUUGUGACUCCCUGCUGGUGUCUGAGUGAGGUAGGGAGAAAUGUAGUCAUUAUGUCAGGGUGGAGGAGUGCACCAGUACGCGUCAUUCCCUGUACUUACCGAGCUUUACACUCCACUUACUCUUCUCCAAGGUGGAAAUGCCAAAGAAUCUUAAGGUUAUUUGCAGGGAUGAGCCAUAUUUGUAAGUACACCAGUAACCAUACAAUUUACUGUUAAGGUCUGCAUUCAUUCACAUUUAUGUCUCAUUUCAGCCACUUUUAGCAAGCUCUGAUGGAAAUCAUAAUGAUUAUCAAGGGUGUUUGCAAUUCUGCUCAUAGUUGAAGAGUUCAGUAGACUGUAGUGAAAGUCAUUGGGGGUUUUCAAUAGUGUGUUCAAGGUUCUAGAGGCAGCUGAGCAGGCCCUGUGUGGCCUUUAUAGUGGUGAUGAGGACAAAAUGUUAAAGAAUAUAGACCUAAGAUCUGUGUGUACCUCACUAUGCUGAAGGAGGAACAAAAGGCACAGUUCAAUACUCUUCAUUAUAUCACAGCACUCUGAUGUGUACAAGGUUAGUUUUUUUGUGUAAUUAUUCAUCUCAUUUGUUGAUUAAUUUUCAACAGAUCACGACAGGAAAAUAAUACCGGGAUGAAGUGUUUAUAUUCACUUUUCGGCCUCAAGAUGACACAGAAUAAGCCUCACGGUCACCUAAAAAACUAUACAUCAAGUGAGGUUAUCCUGAGUUGAGGUCUAGAUGUACAGUUGCUCCAAGAAGUGAUGUCACAAAGUCCAAUGAAUUUCAUGUGUGUGUAGAUAGAAUAGAAAUUAAUAUAUGGACUGAUAAACUGCUUUAUAUUAAGACCUCUGAGUGUGAUAUAUAGAGGUAGUUGUCUGAUACUGACUUUUCUUUUUUCUUCUCUCUCUCCCCCUGAAACACUUUGCACAGUAUGACAUCACUACUUUGGGCUGCUGUUCAUCAUAUUUUCUACGCGUGAUCUGUUGGGUAAAUUACCACAGUGUAGUGCUGAAAGACAUAAGCACAGACAUAAUUUGUAAGGACAGGCAGCAAGACCUGUCAGUGUCUGGUGGUGAAGGCUGAAGGCAUGACACAACAGGGUCUCCGUGGUUUUCCAGUUUCUCCACAAGUCAACUCAAAACAUUAUAAUGUGUGCCUAACAUGUUCCCUGUAUGAAGAACAACUGUUUCAUUGAAGGUGAUGGCUAGUUUGGUAUUAUUUUUACAAGUGAUUCACUCUUCUGCUUUGACAGGUUAAAGUCCAUAUUGCUAUAUAAACCAUUCCCUUAUGAAGUGUAGAAAACUGUUCCACAUGUUCAGAAACUUGUAAGGGUGAUUGUUCCUUGCAGAUUCCAUGCCAUGUAGAAAAUUGUAGUAGUAAUUCACAGAUUCACAAGAGGCAACCAUUCCUUCCUGACUUUGUCACAGAAAAUUGUAGCACUUAUUUAGAAACUCAUGAAUGAUUGUUCCUUGUAUAGAAAGCUUGAUUACUUAUUCACAGAUUCAUAAAAGAUAAUUGUCCUUCCUUAUUCCUUGUUAUGUAGAAAAAUGUAGCCCUUACCCAUACUCAUAGUGACUGUUCCCUGCAGAUACAGAACAGAAAGGACAGAAGCUUAAUUCAUAAUCAUAGCCGUUGUUCUUUACAGAAUGCGAGUGGAAGGGAGAAGUUUAAAUGAUAAUCUAAUUCUUAUUCUGUUAAGUAAUUGUGGUGAAGACACCUAAAGAAAAUACCACAAGUAAAGUAAAAAUUUCUUACUCUUCAUCAUCUUCAAUGAAAUAUAUGUACAAGAAUCUCCUCACACUCAGUGGUAUUACUGCAAUGCAAUGUAACAUCCCAGAAUAUUUAGACCAUGGUGAAGUGAUGGAAACGUUCAGCUAUAAAUACAAGUUGACAUGAUGAUGGUGCCUCAAGUGUUUGUUGAAGGCAGUGUUUCUUAACCUUUCAUGAACCCAGCACCCCUGGAGUCAGAUCUUCAUAGACAGUCCAGCAUCCCUGACUGGCUCACAUCUGGUUACUUGCCUGUAGUUGCACUGAUACACUUGAAAAUUAAGUCAGAGUGUAUUAAAGACAAAAUAAUCAAAAAGUAUCCCUUCAUUACCUUUUGUUUCCACUGUGAGAAGCACUGAUAUUGUACAUGCAGCAUUUCCCAGCACUUGACUACAGUUGAUCUCAGGGGAUGCUAGCAACUCCUUGUUAAGAAACACUGGUUGAAAGAGAGAAGAGGUGGAGUGACUGGUGUCCUUGUUACUACUGUUACUACUACUCCCUCAUGUACUUGCCAGAAAUGCCCAAAGAAUAUGAAAUGAAUAAAAGAGAUGUUGAGCAUUAAAAAACAAAACAAAAAAACAAAAAAACAAGAGGCUUUAUGUAUGUACAAAUUAUUAACCUUCAGCUUUGUGUGUUUUGUGUGUGUUACAUUAAGUGUAUUGUGUGUUCUGUGUUUUGUUAUGUUGAAUAUAAUGCAUGCUGUGUGUUGUGAGUGUGUGUCUCAUGUUGAGUAUGUAUAAUGUCAUUUUGUAUGUGUGUAGUGUGUGAUGUUAAAUAUCUCCCUUAUAUUUAAUGUAUUGUGUGUAAUGUGUGCAUAUUAUAUUGUGUAUGCUGUGAGUGCUAUGCUGAAUUUUGUGUGUGUGUGUCUGUGUUCUGGUUGCUGUGGUGAGCUGUUCCACCAAUGAGCUGGUGGAAGGCUGCUGAACAGACACUGUUGAGAAGUGAGUACCAGUGUGCUAAUACUCAUACAUCUUGGUUUACAAAUCUUUAGCUUUCUCUCUUCAAAAAGUUACAUCAAAAUAAUAUAUGGAAACAUUCUUUGAAUUGUAAUAAAAUAUCAUCUUGUGUUUUCAAAAGUUAUGGACUACACUCAAAUAUUUCAGCAUCUGAUUUUGGCUACUUCUAUUAGACUUUAGUAGAAGUUAUGUUAUUUUUACGGCACCUCAAGAUCAUAGUGAUAGUUUAACAUGGACUCUGAACCACUGACAUCCAUUACAAUUAGACCCAUCAUCUCUGUGUCCUGUGAAAACAGAUCUAUGAGAGAAAAAAUCUUUAGGAAUACAGAUGUAAGCUUAUAUUCAAUGAAGAUGACACAUGACUGAUGCCUAAAUAUCUGUAAAUACAAGAUAGCAUUCAUUA